AUGGAUGAUUCAGCAAGAACAAGUCAGACUCUUGCAGCCAAAGUGGUGAAGCAGAUUGACAGCAAGUUUGCUUUUCAGGACGCCUUGAAUGGUGCAGGAGAUAAACUGGUAGUCGUUGACUUCUCGGCCACAAGGUGUGGGACUUGCAAAAUGAUCAAGCCUUUCUUUCACGCCCUCUCUGAAAAGUACACCAAUGUGGUGUUCCUUGAAGUUGAUGUGGAUGACUGUCAGGAUGUCGCUUUAGAUUGUGAAGUCAAAUGUAUGCCAACUUUCCAGUUUUUUAAAAAGGGACAAAAGGUGGGUGAAUUUUCUGGAGCAAAUAAGGACAAACUUGAAGCCACCAUUAAUGAAUUAAUCUAAUCAUGUUUUCUGAAAACCACUCAUCGGCUGUAAUUUUUUUAUUUACAAAAACAGAUUAAAUAGCCAUACUUAUUUGCAGCUGUCCCUGAUUAUACAUGAAAAUAAAAUAUUAAU